AUGUCUAAAAGAAAAAACGAGUUUUCAUCUGAAUCUUACAACAAAGGAAAAGAAAACAUUUCUAACGGUGUUCCAGCCAUCUUAAAUACGAAUGCAUCUACAAAUAUUACAACUGGUCAUACAAAUGUUCGUAGAGGUAGAAGGCCAUUAUCGACAAUUACUAAUGUUGUUGUUCCCACUGUAACACAAGAUCAGGCAAGACAUAGUCGAAAAAUUAGGAAAGUAUUAUUGGAUAACAAAAGAUCAAAAUUAGAUGGAUGUCCAUCAAAUGUUGACCAUACAAUUGUCAUAACAACUGAUUCGAUACCCUCUCCUUCUAUUCCGACCGUUACCCAAAAAUUAUCUGCUUUAUCUGCAGAUAACAGCCGCUUUAGGGAAGUAAAUUUGGAGAAUACAACAUCUCCUCUGAGAAAUAGUAUAUCAUAUUCCAAUAGGAGUAUACAUCGCUCUCCUGAUAUAGAAGCAACUCCAAUUGUCAUUACUAAUCGUACUGCAUCAUUCAUGGGAACAAGCAAUUUAAGUUGUGUUACGAACAACGGUACACCACCAGCAGACGCUACUCCCGGUCGUAUUGCUAGCAACAUUACGUCAUUUAGUGGCACCUCCGGUAUUCUUCAAAAUUCUUCUUUUGAAAGGUUGUCAUCCGGUAAACGUAAGUUAAUUGGUAGGCCACGAAUUACUUCUCCAAUACCAAUUAUUGACUUUACCACAGAACAAAUUGUGGUUCAAGAUCCCUUGAAAGGUGUUUCAAAAGAUUAUUUGGACCAUGGUGACCAAUGCGUUACUUGUGAAGUAUGUAAUGCAAAGUUGUGGAAUGCAGAAAAAGGAAAAGGAAGAAAAAAGGAUGGAAAAGUUUGUUAUUUCAUUUGUUGUUCUUAUGGCAUAGUAGAGCUUCCAGAUUACAAAGAUGCAAGAGGAAGUUAUCGGAUUCUGUUUACUAACAAUGGUGAUGAAAGCAAGCACUUUUUGAAAAAUAUUCGCCGUUACAAUUUUAUGUUUGCAUUUACUUCAAUGGGUGGUAAGGUUGAUUCGAUGGUUAACAGAGGCAAUGGUCCUUUUUGCUUUAGAAUUAGCGGCGAGAAUUAUCAUACAAUUGGAAGUCUUAUGCCAAUCAACGGAGCUCAACCAAAAUUUUGCCAACUAUACAUAUAUGAUACUGAAAACGAAAUUUCAAACAGGCAAUCGAUAUUUAGGGGUUCAGAUGGUGCGUCUUCUUUUUCAUCGGCAAAUGUUGAUAUUAAAUUGAUCGAACAUAUAAAGGAUGUACUAGACAAUGACAACGAGUUGGUCAAAACUUAUAGAAGAGUUAGGGAUUCCUUCCAAGACAACCCUAAUGUAAAUGUGAAGCUUCGAAUAAUUGGAGCAAGAGAAAAAGAUGGUCGCACGUAUAACUUACCAACGGCUGGUGAGAUCGCUGCUCUUAUUGUUGGUGAUAUCGAAAAUGUGGUUGACAAUAGAGAUAUUAUAGUUGAGACUCGAACAGGUGAACUAAAAAGAAUUAGUGAGUUGCAUCCAUCAUAUCUUGCACUACAAUAUCCGAUUCUGUUUCCGUACGGAGAUGAUGGCUACAGAAUUGAUAUCCCUCAUAGAGGUGUUGUUGAUGUUGUUAAUAAAACACGUCCAAAGUGUACUAUGAGAGAGUUCUUUGCCUAUCGUAUCCAGGAUCGUAUAAAUCUGUUUUCAUUGAUCCUUAAUUCUAAGAGGCUUUUCCAGCAGUUCCUGGUUGACGCAUAUACUAUGAUAGAGAGCGAGAGACUUAGGUACAUACGAUAUCAACAAAAAGAUCUAAGGUCCGACACAUAUGAAAGUCUCUGUAAUUUACGAAGUAAAGGUCAAGAUGAUAUAUCUAAAGCUGGAAAACGCAUUUUUUUGCCGUCUUCUUUUACUGGUGGAGCACGAUAUAUGAUGCAAAACUAUUUAGACGCUAUGGCUCUGUGUAAGUGCUUUGGUUAUCCAGAUUAUUUUAUUACCAUAACAUGCAAUCCAAAAUGGCCAGAAGUUCAACGGUUUCUCAAAGACACCAAUCUUAGUCCGGAAGAUAGGCCUGAUAUCCUGUCUAGACUCUUCAAAAUAAAACUCGAUUCUAUCUGCAAAGAUUUAAAAAAGAAUCAUCUAUUAGGCAAAGCGUCAGCCGGUAAUGUUAACAAAAUAAUUCAAUUAUUAGUCAUCAUCAAAGCUAACACUUUGUUUUAUUUUUCUGUAGUUGUUUACACUAUCGAGUUCCAAAAACGUGGUUUGCCUCAUGCACAUUUAUGCUUAUUCAUGGAACCUGAAUUCAAAUUACCUACUGUGGACCAUGUUGAUUCAUUUAUAUCUGCUGAAAUUCCAAACAGAGAAGAAGAUCCAGAAUUAUUCAUCCUGGUGAAAGAGUAUAUGAUACAUGGUCCAUGUGGUAAUGCUAGGUUGAGCUCUCCAUGUAUGGUAGAUAUGAAGUGUUCAAAAGGCUUUCCAAAAAAGUUUCAAGAUCAUACAACACUUUAUUCAAAUGGGUUUCCAUUAUACAGAAGGAGAAACAAUGGUUCUUCUGUUGUGAAAAAUAAAAUUGAGCUUGAUAACAGGAGUGUGGUUCCUUAUAACAAAAAAAUAUUGAAAAGAUAUCAAGCUCAUAUCAACGUUGAAUGGUGCAAUCAAGCCGCGUCUAUAAAAUAUCUUUUUAAAUACAUCAAUAAAGGUCCUGAUCGAGCCACUAUAGCUGUUGCGCGUGGUGAUAGUCAACCGGAAGAGCAACCACAAGACGAGAUCAAAGAGUAUUACGAUUGCCGCUAUAUAUCAGCUUGCGAAGCAUCUUGGAGGAUAUUUGCUAAUGAGGUACAUUAUAGAAGACCUUCUGUUAUGAGGCUUCCAUUCCAUUUACCUGGCCAACAACCUGUUGUUUUCGGCCCUGACGAGGAUAUUAACUCCGUUCUAAACAAACCUUCAGUUAAAUCUUCAAUGUUUCUAUCAUGGAUGGAACGUAAUAAAGACCCAAAUGACCUGUUGGCACGUACACUUACAUACGUUCAGUUCCCUAUUUUUUAUGUAUGGAAGCUUGACAAGCGAGUAUGGGAACCAAGAAAAGGGAAAAAAUCAAUUGGCAGGAUUCAUUCCGUAUCUCCAACUUUAGGUGAAGCGUAUUUCUUGAGAAUUCUUCUUAACAAGGUUAGAGGACCAACAUCGUUUGACGACAUUAAAACAGUUAAUGGUAAAGUUUACGAUACAUACAGAGAUGCUUGCUACGCACUUGGCCUUUUAGAUGAUGAUUCAGAAUAUGUAGAGGCAAUAAAAGAAGCAAAUUUAACUGGAAGCGCUUCAUACAUUCGCAAUUUAUUUUCUACGAUGUUGUUAUCCGGUAGUCUUUCUAGACCUGAGGUUGUUUGGGAAACUUCGUGGAGAUACAUGGCGGACGAUUUUGUUUACAGAUUAGCAAAAUACCAUCGAGUGACAGAUGAAUUUGUUUUCUUUCUUAUUUCGUAG